AUGAAGUUCGGGCGGGGAAACGAACGACCAGCAUGCCAGGGUCAGUACGAAAAUUACAGUAUCUUAUCUGACUCCCAAGAUAGGAUCUUCGCCACGGAGCGCAACAAGAAGGAUUUCGAAAGGCCUAAUCCUCUGAAGACUCCCAACAAGUAUAGAACCAAGAGCAAAUUCUGCGCCUACCACAACAAAGUGGGGCAUACCACCUCUGAGUACUGGGCGCUGAAAGAUGCAAUUGAAGAGCUGAUUAGGAGAGGUCAACUGCGUGACUACGUGCUGCGUCCUAGGGAUCAGCAGCCCAAACAACCUUCUCAACAAAACCCUAGUCAAGCUCCCGAACAGGACCAGACACCUACGGUAAGAACUAUCUUUACUAUCCAUGGGGGGCCCCACAUCGUGGGGGCGUCCAAUAGGUCACACGAGCAAUAUGUUUGGGAAGCCGGCCACCUUCUAUUUGUCAAGGACGACAGCCAAGAAGGACCCUCUAAAAAAGCCAAGGCAGAUUCGGAAUAUGUCUAUUUCACCAAAGAUGAUUUCAAAGGCGUGCACUGGCCGCACAAUGAUGCCCUCGUGAUCCAAGCUCGGAUUGGCAAUAUGGAAGUACGGAGGGUCAUGAUCGACACAGGUAGCUCGGUGAACAUCAUGUACAAAGGAUGUUUCGACUAG